AUGGCUGCCAACCGAUCAAACCAAGUUCAGAACCAAGGAGAGGAUAGUCCUACAGAUACCACAAACCCUGCAAUUCCUGAUGAUUCUCCGACCAUUCCACCUGAUAAUAAUGUCUCAGAAGAUCCUCUUCUAUCCAUUUCUCCUAAUAAUGCAGGCCCUUCUUCAAUAACCUCACCUACAACCACACCACCAUCUCACACUAAUUCAUAUAAUUCAUCAUCUCCUGCAAACCGAGUUGUGAAUUCUCAACAAACAUCAUCGUCAAAUCAACCUAACCAACGUG